AUGAUGCUGCCCCUUGUUCUCCUCGCCGCCGCAGGCUCCGCCGCCGCCCUGCAGGUCACUUCGCCCGUCGCAGGCGUGCAGUGGACCGUCGGCCAGCCCGCGAGCAUCAACUGGAUCCACUCGCCCGAUGACCCCGCCAACGUCCAGAUCCAGGUCCAGGUGAACGGACAGUGGCACACGAUCGCGCAGGUGCCGAGCGCCGACGGUUCGUUCUCCUUCACGCCCGAGGCGAGCGCGGAGAGCGCGCAGAUCCGCUUCAUGGACGGCAACGAGCAGGUCGGACGCAGCGGCACGUUCCAGAUCCAGAGCGGGGCCGAGCAGUCGGCCUCGGCGUCCGCCGCCGACGAGUCCAAGACCAUGGUCCCCGUCGUGCCCACCUCGGAUGCUUCCGCCUCGCCCUCUGCCUCCGAAGAGCCCUCGCCCUCCGCGCAGCCCUCCGAGUCGCCCGAGGCGUCGCAGCAGCCCUCCCCCUCGGCUCAGCCUUCCGCCGAGCCCUCUGCCGAGACUUCGGGCCAGGCUUCGGACUCUGCCGAGCCCAGCGCGCAGCCCUCCGCCGCCCCCUCGGCUACUGACGAUGGCGCUGCCCCCAGCGCGCAGCCCUCGGCCCAGCCCUCUGAGUCGCCAGAAGCCCAGGCUUCCUCCUCGACGCAGCAGGGCAACACGCUCGUGCGCCCCUCCGAGUCCUCUUCCGUCAAGGUGCCGGGCAUGGUGACCUCGCGCCGGCCGAGCGGCACGUCUGCCGUCUCGCCCUCUGCGACGCAGGACUCGGGCGCCGCUCCGCUCGGCGCCGACGGCCUCGUCCUCCUCGCGGCCGGCGCGCUCGCGUACCUCGCCUAA